GAAAAAAUUACAGACCCUAUGGCAAAGUCAGCGUCUCAUGUUACAAACCGUUCAAAUGGUCCUCCAUAUGCUCAAUCAGUGAUCUCUAUGGAUAGUGAUGAUGGGAUCUCAUACAAAGCUAUUGGUGGCGUGAAAGGAGAGCUUCUUGAGCAAAAUGGCCAAGCCUUGGAACAAAUUUCUGCGAAUUUUGCAUCUUUGAGGAUACAUGAAAACAUCAAUCUCUUUUGCCAAACUCAAAAUAACAUCCUCACAAUAUUGAACGACAUGAAUGACAUGCCGGAGAUAAUGAAGCAGAUGCCACCACUUCCAGUGAAGUUGAACGAAGAGCUAGCUAACUCCAUCCUUCCU